CCCCACGACUGUACACAGGUAGUAGAGAUAAUGACGAAACCACGACUUGAUUUACAAGAUACACCUUUAUCCAAUCCUGAAUUGAUUUAUUAUGUGGAUGGGUCGUGUCUCCGGAAUCCACAUACGGGAUUGCUUUCAACUGCAUAUGCCAUUUGUACUAAAUUCGAGAUAGUUGAAACCCAAUGUUUACCUCAACAUCAUUCAGCUCAAGCAGCAGAACUUGUUGCACUCUCACGUGCAUGUGAAUUAGCUAAAGGCCGUUCUGUCACAAUAUAUACUGACUCACUUUUGGCGUCUGCCAUGACCAUGGAGCAGUAUGGAAGAACCGAGGUUUCCUUACUGCUAAUGGAAAACCCGUGGCACAUUCAAAAUUGAUUGAUAUGUUAUUGGAGAAUUUAUUGUUGCCAAAAGAAAUCGCUAUUUGUAAGUGCGCGGCUCAUAUGAAAAGUUCUGACGAAGUAUCAAAAGGUAAUAAUUUUGCCGAUUCCAUAGCGAGAAACACCGCACUGACAGGAUGCGCACCAACUGAAUUUAUAGGUUUUACAUCCCUCGCUACCGAUAGCACCCAGCUACCACCAUCAUUAAGCGAGGUUCAGAAACUGGGUAUUGACUGGGAGUUGAAAAUUUGGUCAGAGAGGGGUGUAAAAGAUGAUGAAGGUGUCUGGAGAGAUACCGAAACAGGUAAGCCAUUUCUGCCUAAACAGCUAUAUCCAAACUUUGCAAAUUGGGCUCAUGGGGUAGAUCAUGCCUCAAAAUUGGCUAUGAAUGAUUUGAUCAGUACUUCCUGGGUGGCUCCAGGAUUUACAGCAGUGGCAGAGAAGUUUUGCCAGAAAUGCCACAUCUGCGCAGCGAAUAAUGUGGGAAAGCAGAGUAAACGGAUUGUUCCCUCUGCUCACCCUGUACCAGAAUUUCCCUUCAAACAUGUCAUGAUGGAUUUCAUUGAAUUGACACCAUGUCAAGGGUAUAAGUAUUAUCUUGUAAUUGUUGAUAUGUUUUCAAAGUGGGUUGAGUGUUUCCCAAGCAGAAAAGCUGAUGCUGCGGCUGUAGCAAAAGCUCUAAUACGAGAGGUAGUUCCUAGAUGGGGAGUGCCUGGAAAAUUGUCUAGUGACAAUGGAACACAUUUUGUAAAUAAAGUUAUAACUGAAUUGGCAAGAGGAUUAAGAAUAAAUUUGAGAAAACAUUGCUCCUACAGGCCGGAAAGUGCAGGUGCAGCUGAGAGAGCUAACCAGACGAUAAAGAAUAAAUUGUGUAAAGUUAUGGCAGAAACUGGAAUGACAUGGGUCCAAGCCUUACCCAUUGUUUUGAUGGCCAUGAGAGCCCGAAAAGGGACAAGAACAGCCCUCAGCCCACAUGAAAUUCUUACAGGUCGUCCCAUGCGAGUAGGAAUUGAACCUCCUCCCCAGGAGGGUUUGGCGGGGGUAGAUGAGCAAAUGAGAAAAUAUAUGUUAUCCUUAACCAAAACUAUCAAAACAAUCCAUUCGCAGGUUAAAGCUGCUCUGCCAGUUCCAGGUGUUGGACCCCAGCACUCUUACGAGCCAGGACAGUGGGUCUGGAUCAAAGAUCUCAGGCGAAAGGCGUGGAACAACCCAAGGUGGCUAGGGCCAUACGAGAUCAUUCUAACAACAAACACCGCAAUCAAGGUCGCUGAACGUGACACCUGGGUUCACGUGUCGCAUUGUAAGCCCCACCAACACGCAGAUUCAAGCCAAAAGUAG